AUUUUCGUAACCUAUCGCAAUUUAUUUCGUAUCGGUCAAAUCAAGCGUUUAACAGAAAUGGAUGUAUCCGAAUUCACCAAGCGAUGUCCCCCAUUUUACGCUGUAGUACUGUCUUGUUUUGGGAGGUUUGACAGCAGCAGCAUUGAGGGCGAUGGUGCAAUCCCUUAGUAAUCUCAGUAAUUGUGUCUUGUAUGUGAGGGAACUCCUGCUCAUAGCCUACUGUAGCUAUAUCUAUGUCCAGAUUAAAAUACAUGUAUGGGCUAUCCAAUGUUAAUUCCAUGGUUUCUACUGUCCCUCCCUCUUCAUCAUAAGUGAGAAUUGAAUUAGGGCCAAUUCUGCUGAAGUCAACAACCAGACUAAGUGAUUUCCAUUUUGGUUCUCAUUAAUGUGCAUGCCCACAGGGACUUUGGCUCACAUUUUAUCUUGCAUAUCAGGCACUACAUCUCUUUUGAGUAAGUAGCCUAAGUGAAGGCUGAUUCAUCAGUAAUGCAAAGAAGAAAAUCAUAAGAUGUCUCACUGACAGGCUUCGUUAUGCAGUGGGCAUUAACUUCAUAGAUUCAGGUGGGAAACGGAACAAGUGAAAAAGGCCAACUAAUUAGGGGAUUGUAAAUUCCCAUAAAUCGGUUUAUUAAAAAUGUUUACCUCAAAUAUUACUUUUAAUACUCUGGCAUAUUUAAAAUGUAAUCACAUCGGGCACUGAAAUCUGCCCACACAGUCACAUUAUGGGGAUUCACUUUAUAUUGGAGGACAAAGCUGGUCUCCAUGAGAGCCAGAGAAUCCAGUUUCAUGUGUUAUCUUGAGCUGACAAGGAUCUGAGCACAGACUCGCCAGAGCACCUGCAAAAUGUCGCACAACGGUGUAACUAACACGAGGCAGAUGAUGGUAGUCAUAUCCACGGUGGACGAAUGGUCCUCUUUGAAAUCUCUGCUGCAGGGUAGCCGUGAGGACAAACGUCACCAGUUUACCUUUAGUUCUCUGGGAUCAAAUCAAGUCUGUGACUUGACGGUGGAUGGCCGCUCGAUUAGCUUGCACUAUGCAGAAUUCAAACAAGACAUGACAGAAGAGGGAAUCAGACAGGCCAUAGAUGGUAGCUUUAAGUCCUGCAGAGAUGGAAUAAUUACAUUUCUACUGUUGAUCCAAGGUGGAGAUUAUACAAAACAGGAUAAGAGAAUGAUAGAGAUACUGCAGGCACACUUUGGAGCUGAAGCUUUAAAAUACCUGGUAAUUCUCUCUCUGGAAGAUGGAAACGUUGUUGAAAUGUUGGACGACGCACUCCUGGAGUUGAUAACCACAUGCAAUGGAAGAUACUGCCGAGUCACAUCAUCUGCUGCAAGUGACAAGCUAGGUGCACUAUUCGAGAUGGUCGACUACACGCUGACUGAAAACAGUGUGACUGGCUACACUGAAACCAUGCUGGCUGAAGCUAAGAAAAGGAACACAGAAGACACAGCCAUGAAGAUGUUGAAACAGAAGGUGCAGGAGGCCGAAGAGAAGGUGCAGGCCUUCAAGCAGCUGGUCCAUCAGCGAGAGGAGAGAAGAGCCAAAGAGAUGGAGGAGCUGAAGGCGAAGCAUGCUGAGGAAAGACAGAAGGAGGCAGCUGAGAGAAAGAAAUAUGAGACAAAAAGAGAGAGCCUGGAGGAGGCUGUGAUAAGCCACAAAGCCAUGUUGCAGCACCAGAUGAAUGUUCAUGAUGACGAUGAAACGAAGAAGAUGUCAGUCGUCCUGUUGGGUCUGUCUGGCAGCGGGAAAUCUUCUGCUCUAAAUCUCAUUCUGGAGAGAGCAGGUAAUCAAUACCCAGUUAAUGUGUCCAGCCAUGAACCCCCUCAGCCAACCUUGGCUUGUGAGAGAAAAGAAGUGUUUGCAGCAGGGAGGCGACUCAUCCUGGUGGACACCCCCGAGCUGUGGGACGAAGACGAGGUGGAGAACCUGGAGCUGGUGAAGGACUGCCUGGCUCUGUCUCUCCCAGGACCCCACGUCUUCCUGCUGGUGCUCCAGGUGGGGCGCUUCACCCAGGGCGAGUGUGAGAUGUUGUGGCACCUGCAGAAAAUCUUCGGACAAGAGUUAGCAGAGCACACCAUCGUCCUGUUCGUUCGCUUUGACGACAACCAGCACAGGUCUCAGAGGAUCAAUGACUAUGUGGCGGGAGCCCAUGCAACCCUGCAGGAUCUCAUCCGCAAGUGUGGAAGCCGUUAUUAUGAGCUGAAUGUUGCAAAGUCCCAGAAUGCCCUAAGCUAUCCUCAGGUGAAAGACCUGCUCUCAGGAAUCAACAAACUGGCUGCCUCACAUGGAGGACGCUCCUACUCAAUGAGAUUUACUGUGCAGGAGCUGCAGGAGAGGAAGAAAGUGAUUGAAGAGGGGAAUGAGGGGGAAGUAAACUACUUGCUGAGAGAUGCUUGAUUUCUUUACUCUCAUGCAGGUUGCAUUUAUUAUGUUUAAUUGCAGGUCUUUUGCUAAUCUAAUCCAACAGGCCUGUAAUAUAAUAAGCCUACAAUUCAUUUUAUUUCUCUAAAACCUCUCCAAAGUUUAAUUUUGUUGAGACUGUGUUAGAGAAAUGUUGAUACAACUAUUUGGAAUGAGCUUUAACUGCAGGGAUUUUGUACUGGAUUAUAUAACACUGCAAAUGUAUUGCUUUUAGAUGCUGUCAUAUCUAUUGAGCAUUUUUAAGCAGUGUAUAAACAUUAAUAAAUUGUUUAUAACAUACCAUAAAUAUAGUUUAAAUCAUAU